AUGGGCGGGAAAGAUCUGACACCGUUCGGGAAUGCCUUGGCGGGCGCAAUUGGAGGGGUCAUCUCAAACGCAGUCGUCUAUCCACUAGACACCGUCAAGACAAAGAUCCAAGCUCAGACAGACGAAGCAGAGGCCGAGAAAGACAGCCUUCCAAGCCCACAACUCAAGCGUCCCAAUGCUCCCAACCGGCUGCCAGCCGCCUGUCGAUCGACCGCCUUGGAGGUCGUCGUCCAAGUCCUCAAGUCUCAAGGAAUCGGAGGCUUCUAUCGCGGCUUCUUGGCUAGUAUGCUCAACACAUUUUCGAUGCAGUUUGCUUAUUUCUACUGGUACAUGGUCGUCAGGAAGACGUACACCACAAGGUUCCUUCCCAAAUCGUCCGGCUCCAAACCACCCAACAUAGGCAUUAUAACUGAGUUGUCGUUGGGAGCGCUGGCAGGAGCGAUAGCCCAGGUUUUUACAAUCCCAGUCUCAGUCGUCGCUACCCGUCAGCAACUAGACAAUUCGAAGACCGGAGGAAAAUCGUUACUGAAAACCGCAUCUGAGAUCAUCAGAGACGAUGGCCCGACCGGCUUAUGGCGAGGGCUCAAGCCUUCAUUAGUCUUGACCGUCAACCCAGCGAUCACCUAUGGAACUUUCGAACGAUUAAAGCUGCUCACCCUGGGAGCCGAGGGUAAAAUGACCCCUGGAAAGGCCUUCUGGAUGGGCGCUCUCAGUAAAACUUUGGCCACCGUCGUCACCUAUCCUUACAUCAUGGCCAAGGUCAGGCUACAGGCUAAAUACGAUACUCCAACCGCCGAUGGAGAAUCUCAAUCAGAAAACACCCCAAAAUCUUCGCCUUCCAAGAAACGUCCAUCAAAGGAACGCUACAGUGGGGCGAUCGAUGUCUUAAGACAAGUCUACUCCGAAAAAGGUUGCUCGGGAUGGUAUCAGGGUAUGCAGGCUCAGAUCAUGAAGGCCGUCCUUUCCCAAGCUCUAUUGUUUGGAAUCAAAGACAUCCUUGAGGAUUACACCGUCCUAUUCCUCAUCCUCGCCUCCAACUUUCGAAAAUCCCAAUUAUCCAAAUUGCCGAAGUAG